AACAUUCAUUGAGUGUUUUUAAAAUGUGUAAUGAAUGACUUUAUUUUAUCUGUCAUAUAGCUUCCUUGCCAUCAAAAUGUAUUCGCUCUAGAGUUUAUUAUGAUGAGUAUUCUAAUCCACUUGGAAAGUGAAUUGUUUUGAGUAAUACGUAAUCUUUUAUAUGUAUAGUUUACAUUGUAGUGUGAAAUCGUUUGGAAUGAAUAGGUAUUCUAGUUUUUAUCAGAUUUUCUUGAUAUAGUUUAGUUUUUAGUAUGGCACCAGGAAUAACAAUGAUAUGGAAUUACAGAUGUUUUGAGUAUACAUAACUUCGUACAGCAUAAGAUUUUUACUAGGGGAGAAGAUUUAUGUUCUGUAUCAUAAACUUGCUUUUACAAUGUGUUACAUUAAUACAUUCUUAUAUGGAUGAAAAUUGAACAAACCUUUAACACCAAUGCUGACCUUCUACAGAACGCAGAAUGAGCAGAUAUUACCUGUCUGAAGCAUAUGAUGAUGAGAGAGCCACCAUAGUUACGAAAUAUGAAUUGGGACGUUGUGAUAAUUCCCAUAUCUAUCCAUGGGAAGAUCCAGGCUUUGAAGUUUAUCACGUGACUGACAGAUAUGGAUUUUUACACGAUCAUCGUCUUCCUGAGAAACUAACAGCCCAUGAAACAAAGGUGAGGGAAAUUGAGAGUGAAAGGCUUAACAAGUGGCUGAAAAUGUUAAAAAAUUGGGACAAAUAUUAUGGUGGAGAAAAGUUUAAGAGACGUAUGUAUAAAGGUAUACCAAAUGCUGUGCGAGGUGAAGUAUGGUGCAGAAUGCUGAAUGUCAUGCAAGUGAAGAAAGAACAAGAAGGAAAAUAUAUUGAAAUGAGAGAAAAAGCCAAAUUCCUUUCUCCUGAUAUUAAACAAAUUGAUUUGGAUGUAAAUCGAACUUAUAGGAAUCAUAUAAUGUUCAGAGAAAGAUACAGUGUUAAACAACAAGCUCUUUUCAAUGUCCUUGCUGCCUACUCAGUGUAUAACAUGGAAAUAGGUUAUUGUCAAGGCAUGAGUCAGAUAGCAGCUCUUUUACUCAUGUAUAUGAAUGAGGAAGAUUCAUUCUGGGCUUUGUCUCGUAUUAUGAGUGAUGAUAAGCAUGCAAUGCAUGGAUUCUUUAUCCCAGGAUUCCCUAAGCUGCAACGCUUUCAGGAGCAUCAUGAUAAGAUUCUUACAUGCCUCAUUUCCAAACUGAAAAAACAUUUGGAUAAAUAUGAAAUUCAUACUAGUCUUUAUACAUUAAAAUGGUUCUUUCAAUGUUUCUUGGACAGGGUUCCUUUCACUCUGACUCUGAGACUGUGGGAUAUUUAUAUUUAUGAAGGGGAAUCAGUCUUGACCGCUAUGUCGUACACACUUUUGAAGCUGCACAGAAAGACACUUUUGAAGAUGAACAUGGAAGAGUUGGUGGAAUUCCUUCAGGUGAAGCUCGAGCAAGAUUUUGGAUAUCAUGAUGACGCAGCUGUAGAUGCCCUUCAGGCUUCCAUGGAGGAGCUGCACAAACACAAGCUGGACCACCCAGGAAGAGCUCCCCCUCACGAGUUACCCCAAAAACCUUUCGGAUUAAUCGAGACUUUCCUGCAGCAGAAGAGGGAAGUCUGCAAUGGCAUCUCUGAUGACGGAAAAGAGGGAAUGAAUCACUUGAUGACUAAUGACAAAGUUCCAUCUCCUGUUUGGAAAAGAAGGGAUGAAUCAGACUCUGAAAAUAUGACCACAUUGAACAGCAAAGCAGCUGCUGAAACGGACAAUGGCAGUUCAAUUGUGGACCCACUCAGCUCCAGAAAUUCUUUGGCAGAAACAUCCCAAACGUCGGUUGCCGAUCUGUCGGCACUGUCAGGGUUUUCCAGCCCUAGCACCACCUUGACUAGGCAUGGUGAUAUUAUCUGCUCUAAGCAGAAAACAAUUACACGACCCUCAGAACUCAGGCGGACCUUGUCUAUGAACGACAACAUUGCAGGUCCCAGGACUCAUUCCCCCGAUGCAGCGAUCCGCGUUUACGUACCUUACGAGUCUUUCUCCAAAGCUCCCUCAUCCUCCACAUUGCUGUUGGAUCACUCCCCCAGCCACGGCACUCCUCCAAACGGCGACAUCACCCCAACAAAUCAGGAUCCAAACAAAAUCACAAUACAUGUCAGUCUAGAUUAUCUUCCAAAUGCCUAAUUGUUUGUUUGUAUGCAAGGCAAUCAACCGAGGCUAUAUUACUUACUCUUCGCUUUACAUCUUUAAAAUUUUUAGUGAUUUUACGAAAAAAAGGUAGUAAUUUCGAACGAUCUUCAAAAUUUAAUCUGAAUUUUGAGAUGAAUAAUUAAGGGAUUAUUUAAUUAUUUUUUUUUGAAAUGUUGCUUGUAGCUUCGUCGUUAUUUUAAGAGGUAUGAUUUUUAGAUUUGGAUAAGUUAAUUAUUAUUUUCAGCUUUUUACAAAUAUCACUACUAUUUUUGUCACAUACUUUUGUCCAAAUCAAAAUCACCAUUGAAAUCGCCUCUGCUAAAAUGUAAUAUCAACAGUAAUUUUUCUUUUUUGUAUGGACAGUAAUAUAGCCUUCAUUUUGAGUUCUUGCAAAUUUAGAUAAAAUUAUUUACCAUUACCGUUUGUUUAUAAAUCAAAAUUUAAAUUAUAAAUAUUUAUUUACCAAAAAACUCUUAGUUGAACGUAUGGAAUAUUUUUGUUAUGUAUUUUUUAUGUCUAUUUUAUUUUGAUUUUUGUAGUGAUUUUUACACAUUUGUAAUUUAUUUACAAAGCAUUGUUUAAAAUAAUUUUAAUUCCAAACAUGUCAACAUGUAACUCUGGGUAUGAUAUACAUUACAAUAGUUCAUGCUUAUUAUUUUAUCGAAUUUCAUUACAUAUUAUUUCAUUAAUUAUUGCCGUGUUAUUGAAAAAAUUUUGAUUGUACGUUUAUAACUUGUCAUUAUUGUUCAUGAAUAAUUUUCAGCCAAAACCUUAUUUAAAGAAAAAUUAUGUGUUUUUUAAUAUAUUUUCAUGGAGAUUACUAUAUUUGUUAAUUUAUUUUAACGAAAACUUAAUUUUACCUUGUAUAAACUAAACUUUGUAAAAUUAAAGCAACCAGUCAGUGAGGGGAAACUGACGUAAGAAUACAAUGUAAAUGAUUAUAAUAUUUAUAGCAAUAAUUAAACAAAAUUAUUUAUAAUUUUGUUUUUUAUUUUAUUUAUAUGUAAUUCUCUGACUGUUUGGUUCUACUUUUGUUUUUACUUCCUUUCAAAUGAAUGCAGGCAAUAAUUUAGGAUUUUAUCCGAGAUAUGUUUUUAAAAUAGCGUAUGCUACAUGAACUGGUAUUUUUUAAAAUCAAUAUGGUAAUCUCAGCUCUCAAUAUUUGUUUUCAUAUAAAUUUAUGUAUAUGCAGUUGUAUGGUGAAAAACACUCUGUGGACCUAGCAAUAAAUGAUGAUUCACUAUAUUCAAAAUCUUAACUGCAGUAUUGUUGGAAAUUAUGAUUUCAAUAGUACACAAUUAGUCAUAAUUUUAACUAUUUUUUAAAAAAAAUCAGGGAAGGUCAUGGAUUUAGGUCGCCAAGAAAUCUAAUUUUUAAAAUGGAAUUUACCCCCACCCCAAUAUCACAGUGUUCUGAUGUUUGAAUAUCUGAUUUUGUAACAGAAUCCCCACUCAAAGUCAUAUUUUACUAAAAUAUCAAAUGUUUUUAUCAUGCUCUUUAAAAAUUAUGGUGUUCUUU